CUCGGUUGACUCGGGCAAUAGUUGCGUCACAAAAAAUUCUUGCAAUGACUAUGAUUGCGAUUGCCACCCAAUUUUACAUAUUCGUUUUAGUUCCUCUAUCCACGAGUGCAGUUCUCCAGCAUAACAGUAGCCGUUGUGUGCCGUUCGAUGGACUAAGAAAGUUGGAUUGCGGAUAGGUCGGUUGCUUUCUGCUUUUGUGAUCCCCGGACAAAUACUUUCCUUGGCUUCUAGAUAGUGCUGCGCAGAUUGAGCUGCGGAAGUUCAAUCGCGGAAUCUUCUGGAGCUGUCAAUCCAAUCGGGCUAUCAAUUCAUGCCAACACAAAUCAGAUGUUCCUUCCUGUCUGAGCUGAGCUGGUUACGGUGGGGACUUUCGAAAACACCUCUGGCGCAAAUUCGGAUGCUGUCCGAUAUCUGCCACACAGGAGCCGCUCCUAAAAAGUUGCCCGUAUCACUCUUUGGAUAUUGUCUCAUAAGCGUUAUGAGAGGUUGUGAAGCAUUCAAAUUUAGGCCUCCACUAUUUGCGGGCGGUUUUGAUUGCUUGUGUUGAGAUUAGAGGUUGCGGAGGAGUGGCGAGCCUUGGAAGAGUUCGGAGAUUAGAGAAGCACAUUUGCGUUUUGGGGUUGUGGGAGCUGUAGGAGUAUAUUUGAGUUGUUGGAGUUGUGGGAGAGGCUGUUAGAGGGCCGUAGUGGAGGAGCUUGUAUGGCAGCGACCAUGGGAGUUGGACCCCUUGGGGCUCUUACCGCGAUCCCAGCUACAAGUUCUCUACUAGAAAGAAACAUUGGAGCUAACAAACCGGCCCGCACGACGACUUCGUUGAAGACAUUGUGCCAUGGAUUCACUCUGCCUUUGCCCAAGUCUUCCCAACGCUUGAGAUCUGCAGCUUCAUUUAGAGUCCGAGCAGACACUAGCGACCGAGGUCCUGAGGAUGGUGCCACUACAUCUGUUGUUGAUAAAACAGCUGAAAAGACUGAAGUGGACAGACUUAUGGACGGACUUUCCUUUGGCCAGCUAUGUGACGAGUUUGAGUGCAUUAGCAGUCCGGCUGUAGAAAGAACGGCACGGCAGCUUGUGAAGGACAUCAUAGACCUUCGAGAGGGCGAGAGAUCAUUGUCAAAUUUCGGAGUUAAUGUUGAAUAUAAGGAUCCACUUCGAUCAUUUAAAGGGCGGGACAAGUACAAAGGCGCAAACUGGAUCAAGACUGCCUUGGAGAAGCCCACAGUGGCAGUGCGUGAGAUGAAGAUGAUAUCCACAAGCGUACUGAAGAUCAAGUGGACCGUCACUGGGACGCCGAAGCUUCCGCCAGCAUCUGCAUUGGGUGGUAGGGUCGUGCUAGCUGUGAGCUCAACCUUCACUAUGAACCAGAUCAGUGGCCAGGUUACUUUGCAUGAAGACGAGUGGGACUUGUCAGCCUCAGAUCCAGCCGCACAGGCCUACUUCUGGACCGCAAGAUUGGCCUUCUCAGCUGUGGAGGGAGGAAAGAACUUUGCAUCUGGUGUGCAAGGAAUAGCGAAGCAACUAGAUAAAGGCCAAGAAAACAACAGUAACUCAAUCUAUCCGGACCCAUCCGGUGAUCCAAGAAAAUUUUUCCAAAUGGAAGAUAACCCGCAGAAGGAUCUUUACCAGGUUGGUUUGGUGGUCGCGCUGCUCUACUUGUUGGUACAAUUUCUGAAGUUAACCCUCUGAACGUUAGCAUGUAUUUUCGAAACCCUAACCAUGUACUUCAGCCAAAUUGCAAGGUAUGCAGAGUGUAGAUAGGGAGUAGUACGACCUGUCACAGCUACAGAGCCCUACUCCUGUGGCGGAUGGAUUCGAAGGCAAGUUUGUAGGUCGAUUAAAUUUGGCCCUUAUCAAUACUUUCAUAGGCAGUAGAGUAUUUUCGUGUAAACGUUUUUAUCAUGAAAAAAAUUUGCAUUAGCGGUGCCAUCUUAUCUUUAGACGCAGCAUCAACUA